AUGUUGGUUGAGGCUGCAGCCCACUGGGCCGCACCAACGUGUUGGUUCAGGCUGCGGCCCACUGGGCCGCGCCAAUGUGUUUGCGGCCCACUGGGCCGCGCCAACCUGUUGGUUGAGGCUGCGGCCCACUGGGACGCGCCUCCGUGUUGGUUGAGGCCGCGCCACAAUGUUGGUUGGUUGAGGGCGCCCGCCCGCACCACCUGCACUGCCGACGCCGUGAUUUGCAACUGCGUGGCCAGCCGUCAAAGAUCGUCGAAUUUAAAACACAUGCUUGGCACCGUGCUCGCAAUCCCAGAUGUCGAAUCACCCAUCGACGUAAUGUCCAACCAUGGACCAUAG